UUUCAGCAUGAACCAUCAGAUUGUGGUAAAAAGUGAACCAGAUAAUCUAUGCGUGCAGACAUUAAAUGUUCCGGAUGCACAGGCCGCACAGCUAUAUAUUAAUAAUCUGCGCAGCACGUCUGGUCAGGAGCCGCGUGUGAUGAGACCACUCAGGACACCUGCAGACUGUAAACAAGAGGAUUCCCCACUACUCAGCCCGUCAGAGACCUGGGAUGUCAGAACUAUCAUCAUAAAAGAAGAUUAUGAUGAUGACUCUUAUGAUCAGAACACUCAGAAUGGACAGAUUGUAUCCGCUGCGUGUGAGGGAGGUGAUUACUCACAAACUCACAGUCUGCAUGAGGAGACCAACAAUGGGCGCUGUGAUAACAGGAUAAUGUGGGCUACACAGGACCAGUCAAGCUCUCUCACAAGCACUAAAUGUGAAACGACUGAAUCAUAUUUUAAUGGACAUCAUUUUAGAGAUAUCCUCUCCAUGUCUGACUCAGAUUCCAGGGAGCACGGUGACUCUGGGAAUGUGCAUCUUGUUACAAACCAAAUUGGCCCUGAUGGCAAAAUUCAAUUUAUGUGCCAGGACUGCGGAAAAAGCUUUGCCUACAGGUCCCAUUUCAUUAUUCACCAGAGAUCUCACACUGGAGAGAAACCUUAUCCAUGCUCGGAGUGCGAGAAGAGAUUUACUUGUACCUCUCAGCUCAUUGCGCACCAGAGGACACACACAGGUGAGCGACCCUAUGUGUGUGCUGAGUGUGGAGAGGGUUUCACCCAGAGUUCAGCUCUGAUGCUGCACCAGAAAACGCACACAGGGGAGAAACCGCAUGAGUGCAUGGAAUGUAAUAAGAGCUUUUCACGUUAUGCACACCUCAUCCUGCACCAGAGAACUCAUACAGGAGAAAAACCAUACAUUUGUACUGAGUGCGGGAAACGCUUCAGCAGUGUCUCUAACCUUACUGCACAUCACCGGACUCACACUGGUGAGAAACCCUAUAUAUGUCCUCAGUGUACGAAAGGAUUUAGCCAGAGUUCAGCACUAGUCCUCCACCUCAAAUCUCAUACUGGGGAGAAGCCCUAUAUGUGCCGGGAAUGUGGAAAACGCUUCAGUCGCUCCUCUCACCUGGCUCUGCACCAGAGAGCUCAUACAGGGAAUAGGCCAUACAUCUGUAAUGAAUGUGGGAAAAGCUUUAUGCGCAGCACACACCUCACAGUGCACCAAAGGACUCAUACAGGAGAAAGGCCAUAUUCCUGCAAAAUUUGUGGGAAAAGCUUUGCUCAAAAUCCACACCUUGCAAAACACCAAAGAGGCCACAUAUUAGAAGCAACUCGUAAACAGGCAGAUAAUCAUAGUCCAUCCUCUCUGCCAACACCCAGCUAAUGUAGGAAUAUAGUCAUUUCUCUCUUGCACUGCUCAGCAAUUGUCUUAUUCAUCCCUGUCUGCUGACACCCAGCUAAUGUAGGGUCUUAUUCAUCCCUGCCUGCCAACACCUAGCUAAUGUAGGGUCUUACUCAUCCCUGUCUGCCAACACCCAGCUAAUAUAUGGUCUUACUCAUCCCUGUCUGCCAACACCCAGUUAUUGUAGGGUCUUACUCAUCCCUGUCUGCUGAUACCCAGCUAAUGUAGGGUCUUAUUCAUCCCUGUAUGCUGACACCCAGCUAAUGUAGGAUCUUACUCAUCCCUUUCUGCCAACACCCAGCCAUUGUAGUGUCUUACUCAUCCCUGUCUGCCAACACCCAACUAAUGUAGGAUCUUAUUCAUCCUCUCUGCCGACACCCAGUUAAUGUAGGAAUAUAGUCCUCUCUCUCUUGCACUGCUCAGCAACUGUCUUAUUCAUCCCUGCCUGCUGACAUCCAGCUAAUGUAUGGUCUUAUUCAUCCCUGUCUGCCGACAUCCAGCUAAUGUAGGGUCUUAUUCAUCCCUGUCUGCCGACACCCAGCUAAUGUAGGGUCUUAUUCACCCCUGUCUGCUGACACCCAGCUAAUGUAGGGUUUUACUCACCCCUGUCUGCCAGCACCCAGCUAAUGUAGGGUCUUAUGCACCCCUGUCUGCCAGCACCCAGCUAAUGUAGGGUCUUAUGCACCCCUGUCUGCCAACACCCAGCUAAUGUAGGGUCUUAUUCACACCUGUCUGCCGACACCCAGCUAAUGUAGGGUCUUAUUCACCCGUGUCUGCCAGCACCCAGCUAAUGUAGGGUCUUAUUCACCCUUGUCUGAUGACACCCAGCUAAUGUAGGGUUUUAUUCAUCCCUGUCUGCCGACACCCAGCUAAUGUAGGGUCUUAUUCAUCCCUGUCUGCCAACACCCAGGUAAUGUAGGAUUAUAGACCUUCCUCUCUUGCGCUGCUCAGCAACUGUAGGGUCUUAUCCAUCCCUGCCUUAUAAUGCUUAUCUAAAUUAGGAUCAUAUCCCUUCUUCCUUUCAUCCAAUGGCCAGCUAUUGUAAGUUCACAUAUCAACCUCCCUGCAUACAUCCAGGUUAUGUAGGGUCACAUUUCUCUCUCAGUACUGUCACAAAACUAAUAUAGGAUCUAUUGUAACUGUGACUUUCAUGUUCUUGGUGCUAUACAUAGAGACCAUUCGGACCUGGCUUGUUCAGGAUUUGCAGCAUCUGUAAAUUUCUGGCAACUUUUUCAAAGAUAUUACAUUUUACCUCUAGGUAUUAAACUUUCUGGUGGUAUAAAUCCAUUUUAGUUCCAUUAAAUAAAACCUAGAACUGAAUAUUUUAUCUAGAGUUGAGUACCAGGUUAACUGUUAAUAAUUAGGAGGAAAUGAUUUAAUGAUAAUAAAAUAAUAAAUCUGAGUUUUAAAUAAUCUGUUGGCUUACCCAAGUAACACUCACCAACAAAGAUAUCCCAUAAAUAAAAGGGCUGAUUAGGUAACCAAAGCCUCAGUCCUUACCAUUUGCUUACCUGUAAGACUGCACCAUGUUUGUCCUUUUUUAUGCCCUAGAUAAGAUAGGUAGACACACUUUAGUGUUUUCAUUAUGAGCCUCCUGUGAUGUAAUUAAUCUUGUGUAUAUGUACGCACCUUGCAGUUAUAUCGCCAACAGUUUACAGAUACUAGUGUUUCACAGUAAGAUGUAUAUAAUAGAUUGUUGUAUAACUAAAGAAAACCAUAUCAAGUAGUGUUUAGAGAAUGGGAUUCUGGGUAAGGAUGUGCAAAUCGAUCAAUAGAUGUGUCGCAUGUUUUGAGUAUUCUAUUUGUUUUAAACACAGUAAGAUAUGCAGUGAUUGUUGUGCUAUUAAGAACUUGCCGGCAUCUUCUUUGACAGUUUGUCAGUAUUUUUUUCUUAUGGUUUUAGUUUGGGUCAUGUGUGACCCUGGAAGGUUUACAAAUUCUGAGCCUGGGUUAAUAGUUCUUCUAUAUUAUACACCUAAUAAGUCUUUUUUUGUUUUGUUUAGAGUUUCCUCCAUUGGGGAUUUCAAUCUACUGUAAAUAGACAGUCAUUGUUUCUGCCGCAAGUACAUAUUGUAUAAACAGUCAUGUGACAAAUAAAGUACACCCUCUUUGAA